AUGGCUGCCAACAUCAUGUUGCGCACCACAUGCGACCGUCUAGACCGCCCAAGUUCAUACACUGUCGCCAAGCGCGCCCCCGACGACGACACUCCCCAGGAAAAGACGCCCGAGCCCGAAGACAAGCUCAAGGAUGCAACCACCCUCUACGUCGGCAACCUCUCCUUCUACACCACCGAGGAGCAGAUCCACGAACUCUUCUCAAAGUGCGGCGAGAUCAAGCGUCUGAUCAUGGGCCUUGAUCGUUUCCAAAAGACGCCCUGCGGAUUCUGCUUCGUCGAGUACUACACCCACCAGGACGCUCUCGACUGCCUCAAGUACAUUGGCGGCACAAAGCUCGACGAGCGCAUCAUCCGCACCGACCUCGACGAGGGCUUCAACGAGGGCAGACAGUAUGGUCGUGGCAAGAGUGGUGGUCAGGUCAGAGACGAGUACCGCGAGGAGUUUGACCCUGGCAGAGGAGGCUACGGCAGAGCCAUCAAGGAAGACUAUGAUGUCUACAACGACAACUACCGAUGA